CUUGGAUCUAAGUAGUGCACUUUGAGCCUGGCCGUUUAGAUUUCGCCGUUUAUUAAUCCCCUCCGUCGGUGGUCUGCCCAACUCGCCUCUUCUCCCUUCUCAUUCACUUACACCGCCACUAGACCCCGUCUUACACAUAUGUUCCGGUUGCGCCCUGUUAUCUCUGCACCUGUCAGACCAGCUUUUCAGUCGCACAUUCAUCUCACAGCACGCCAAUUAGCAGCAACUCGCUUCAACACUGCCGCCAUGUCGACCAUCUCGGACGCUAUCACCAAGGACCACCGCGAGUUGGAGCAGUACUACAACGAGAUCACCAAUUCAAAUGACCAUGAUCACCAAGAGCGCUUCGGCAACCAGUUCACCUGGGAACUGGCUCGCCACAGCGUAGCCGAGGAGCUGAUCGUCUAUCCCGCCUUUGAAAAGCACAUGGGCGACAGGGGACACAAGAUGGCCGAGUCGGACCGCAAGGAACACCACCGGGUCAAGGAGCUGCUCAAGCAGUUCCAGAACAUGAAGCCGCAGCAGCCCGACUACAUCCCGAAGCUCAAGGAGCUCUGGGGCGUGCUGUCGGCGCACAUCGAGGAGGAGGAGCACAGCGACCUGCCGGCGCUCGAGUCGGCGCUGACCAUGGCGCGGGAGGCCGGCGAGUCGGAGAAGAUGGCCAAGAAGUUCGGCAUGACCAAGGCGUUCGUGCCCUCCCGCAGCCACCCCAGCGCCGGCGAGAACCCUUACUUCGAGUCGGCCCUCGGCCUGCUGGCCGCCCCGAUCGACCACAUCGCCGACAUCUUUAGGAAGUUCCCGGAGCAGAAGGUCAGCCCGGAUCCGAGUACCAAGUGAAGAGGGAAAUAGGGGCUCUGUUUGACCCAGCUACUCCGGCGUUGUAACUGUUAAUUAUGUAUUAAAUUACUGUAUUUAUUAUCAUAUCUUCAAUAAUUGACUCUUUUGCAGGCCUG